AUGGGUCUCAAACAGCAUGUGACAAUACCUACUCACGUCGAAGGUCAUACUCUGGAGCUAAUGAUCACCCGUGAACAAGACUCUGUUAUUGCUAGUACACCCGUUGCCGAUCGAUAUCUGAGUGAUCAUGCAUCUGUACUCUGUACAUGCAAUACGAACAAACCACGUCUCAGGGUUACUGAGAUAUCAUAUCGGAAAUUACGAGCUAUUGACUUGGACCAGCUUCGGGAUGAUCUCCGUGAAUCUGAUCUUUGCAUGAACGAAGUCAUCGAUGUUACGGAACUAUCAAAAUCUUACCAAUCAACCCUGAGCUCGCUACUUGACAAGCAUGCCCCACUUAAAACUAAGACUGUGGUUAACAGACAGCGUGUUCCCUGGUUUAAUUGUGACAUCAAAAAUGCAAUAAGAUCUAGAAGAAAAGCGGAAAGAAAAUGGCGCUCUUCUAAGUCUUUUAUAGACUAUCAGGCUUUCAAAACAGCACGUAAUUAUGCAACACACGUCAUGAACGGUGCACGCCACAUUCUCGUGUCAAUGGGUCUCAAACAGCAAGUGACUAUACCUACCCACAUCGAAGGUCAUACUCUGGACCUACUGAUCACCCGUGAACAAGACUCUGUUAUUGCUAGUUCACCCAUUGCCGAUCGAUAUCUGAGUGAUCAUGCAUCUGUACUCUACGAGACACCUCCUGAUGUUCUUGCUGCUAGCUUUGGCAACAACUUCAUUCAAAAGAUUGAUACAAUCACUAGUUCUCUGCGUAGCUGUGACAGUACAACCAACAAUGAUCACCUUAUUGAUACUCACGAGGAGUUGGAUGGAGAGCCACUCACUGCCUUUGAGCCACUCACGACAGACCAGGUUGCUCAGCUCAUUAGAAACGCUUCUCAAAAGUCAUGCCCUCUGGAUCCUCUGCCUACAUCUGUGCUACUCCAGGUGUUAGAUGUUCUUUUGCCAGUAAUCACCAGAUUGAUAAAUUUAUCUCUUCUAUCUGGAACCUUUCCAUCUGACUGGAAGCUCGCACUCGUACGGCCUCUACUUAAACCUGGCAAGCAUGAAGUGGAAUUCAAGAAUUUUUGUCCGGUAAGCAAUUUACGAUACGUUUCCAAGCUAACUGAGUCAGUCGCAUGUAACCAAAUGAAAAAUCACAUGGCUAAAAAUGGACUGCACCUGAAGCUCCAGUCUGCAUACAAGCAGCACCAUAGUACUGAAUCUGCUCUUAUAAAAGUGAAGAAUGACAUACUGAUGUAUAUGGAAGAACAAAAGGUCACACUUUUAGUACUAUUAGACUUAACUGCAGCAUUUGACACAGUACAACAUCAUGUUCUUUUACAUCGAUUGAUGUCAAGGUUUGGAGUAGUAGAAGAUGCAUUGAAAUGGUUCAUCUCGUAUCCAACUAACAGAUGUCAACGUGUUGCUGUUAACGGAGGAAUCUCAGAUAUCUUCAGAAUCAAAGAUGGGGUACCACAAGGCAGCUGUCUUGGACCUCUUUUGUUCACGAUAUACACAAGCAAGCUGUUUGAUAUAGUGGAAAAACAGCUUUAA